AUGGAGCCCCUGGGUGCCUGGGGCCCUGCGCGGGUGGCUGCCUGGCUGCGAGGGCUGGACCCGGCGGUGCAGGGCUACCCCUUCGAGGCCUGGGGGCUGGCAGGGUCCCAGCUGCUGGGGCUGUCGUCGGGGGCACUGGAGGCGCUGGGCGUGUGGCGCCUGGGGCACCAGGAGCUGCUGCUGGAGGCUGUGGAGCAGCUGCGAGCCCUGGAUGCAGGGCUGGCAAGCACCAGCCUGCGGACACUGACUGAGAGGCUGCAGGAGCUGGCACAGGGCAUCCAGGGCCUGGUGCUGGGGGGGGCACCGGCAGGGUCUGACCCCCACCCACCCUCCCUCGGGCUCCUGUCCCGCGUUGUUGACCUGGUCGGUGCUGCCAAGGGACUCUUCUCCUGGCUUAACAGGUACCUCUUCUCCACCCUCAAUGACUUCUCGGCCAGCAGAGACAUCGUCCUGCUCUGUGCCCAGCUGGCAGAGACGCUGCAGGCGGACUGCCCUGCAGCUGAGAGGGACAGCAAGAUCCUGUGGAUUUGCCAGCACAUUGUGGGCAUCUGUGAGAGCAUCCUGGGCUGCAGCCCCCCGGCGCUGCUGGACUGCAGGGCUGUGCUGCAGCGUGUGGGGCUGCAGCGGCUCCCUGGCCCCCAGCACAGCCCCCCGGUGUCCCCCCACACCCCAACGCUGCCUCUCGACCUGUGGGGGAGCCACCCAGAGUCCCCUGACACCCCAACGCUGCCCACCAGCCCAGGGGCCAGCCCCCCGAUGUCCCCUGACACCCUGACGCUGCCCUCUGACCUCCUGGGGGGUCCCCUGCCACUCGUCACUGCCCCACUGGGUCUCGAGGUCACCUCCACCAGCUCCUGCCUGCACUUUGUGUCUGCAGCCACUCCAGAGGCCCUGGCUGCCCAGGGGGGCCGCAUCCUGCCCGGAGAUGAGAUCGUGCAGGUCAACGAGCAGGUGGUGGUGGGGUGGACCCACAGCAACCUGGUGAAGAAGCUGCGGGAGAAGGCGAGUGGAGUGGUGCUGGUGCUGAAGAGGAUCCCCCUCCCCCUGCCCUGCUCACCCCUCCCCCCCAGGCAGCAGCUCCCAGGCACAGUUUUGGACACCGCAGAUCAUCCUGGCCCCAGGAGCAGCGAGUGCCCGGGCAGCCCUGUGUCCCUGACCUCCAGUGCUGCUGCUGACUUGGAAUCAGGGCCGGACUCUGCACCAGACCUUGGCAGCGACGAAGAGGACAGAGAGGACGAGAGGGACUUGGGGCUGCCCAGGGCGGCGGUGGGGGAGCUGCUGGGGCUGCCUGGCUGUGGUGCGCAGGAGGAGGCAUCGUGGGAGGGUGGCACCUCGCUGGGCACCCCACCGGGCACCUCACCAGGCACCCUUGCUGCUGCUGAACCUUGCACCACAGAGCUCAGCCCCACAGUAGCCCCCACGGCAGGGUCUGGGGGUGCAGAGCACGGCCCUGGGGAGGGCAGCCCCCAGACAGGACGCAGACCUAAAGGAGUGGCGACCAGGCUGAGCCGCCGGCGAGUGUCCUGCCGGGACCUGGGCCGGGUGGACUGCGAUGGGUGGCUCCUGAAGAAGAAGGACCACGUGGGCUUCAUGGCCCAGAAGUGGAAGCGGUGCUGGUUUGUGCUGAAGGGCCACACACUCUACUGGUACCACCACCCCAGCGAUGAGAAGGCUGCAGGGCUCCUCAACGUGGCCACCUAUGACCUGGAAAGCACGAGGGAGCAGAAGAAGAAAUAUGUGUUCCAGCUCUCCCAUGAGAGGUUCAAGCCUUUCAUCUUCGCUGCAGAAACCCUCUCUGACCUCAGCAUGUGGGUCAGUCACCUAAUAACAGCCAAAACCAAGUAUGCCUUGGCCCACCAGUCAGUCCCAGACAAGGAGGAAGACUGCUACAGUGAGACUGAAGCUGAGGACCCUGAUGAUGAGUCCCCCAGGCCAGGAUGCGACUCGCCAAAGAAGAGGUUGCAAAACACCCUGGAGAAAUCCCAGCUCCUCUCAGGCAGCAGCCAGCCCAGCAGCACAGCCAGCAGCCCCCAGGGCAGCCCCCGGCCCUGCUCACCCAUGGACCCCGCUGGGGAGGAUCUGGAGUGCCUGAUGAGGUGCCUGAGGCAGGGGGGGGUGUCCCUCCUCGGGCGGCAGCAGUUCCUGACGCAGGAGCAGUGCCGCAAGUCCUUCAUCCGGCGCACCAGGAACCCCAAGGUCAACGAGAAGGUGCACACCGUGCGGGCCCUGCAGAGCACGCUCAAGGCCAAGCUGGUGGAGCUGCAGGCUUUGGAGCAGCUGCUCAGUGAUGCUGCCCUCACUUCAGAGAAGUUCUCACGCUGGAAGGAAGAGCACCAGGAGCUGUACCAGGAGCUGCAGGAGUGGUGGGCACCACAGCAGGGCCAGGACAGCAAUGGGGGGCUCAAGUCUGAGCAUGGCCCCCACAGAGAGGCAGCUGAACCCUGACACCUCUGUGGCACAAAUCCUUGCUGAUAACUCAUGGCGCUGUGGGAGCUGAGUGGGUGCUCUGCCUGUGCUGGGGGAGCUCAUGGGCGAUUGAUGGUUUUGAAGGCUCAGCCCCUAGCAUAGAGUUGCUGCAGGAGAAAUGGUUUCUGCUACAUCCCCAGGGAGGAGACAAGUGCCAAUGUUGCCUUUUUCAAGGACAUUUUGCCUCAGCUGCAUGUUGGCAACAGUGGCUUUUGCCUAGAGGAACAGGAGCCUGCCGUGGUGCUGCCAGCCAGCCCAGGUUGCUUCUGCUGUAAAUAAACU